CGCCAUGGCGAAGCCCCCGGCGGCGGCGGCGGCGGCGGCGGCGUCGGAGGAGCUGAGCCAGGUGCCGGACGAGGAGCUGCUGCGCUGGAGCAAGGAGGAGCUGGCGCGGCGGCUGCGGCGCGCGGAGGGCGAGAAGGUGGGCCUCAUGCUGGAGCACGGCGGCCUGAUGCGCGACGUGAACCGGCGGCUGCAGCAGCACCUGCUGGAGAUCCGCGGCCUCAAGGACGUGAACCAGCGGCUGCAGGACGACAACCAGGAGCUCCGCGAGCUCUGCUGCUUCCUCGACGACGACCGGCAGAAGGGGCGCAAGCUGGCGCGCGAGUGGCAGCGCUUCGGGCGCCACGCGGCCGGCGCCGUGUGGCACGAGGUGGCCCGCUCGCAGCAGAAACUGCGCGAGCUCGAGGCGCGCCAGGAGGCCCUGCUGCGUGAGAACCUGGAGCUCAAGGAGCUGGUGCUGAUGCUGGACGAGGAGCGCGCGGCGCUGGCGGGCGGCGCGGGCGGCGCGGGCGGCGGCGGCGGUGGCGGCGGCGGCGGCGCGGGCUCCCGCAGCUCCAUCGACAGCCAGGCCAGCCUGAGCGGGCCGCUGGCGGGCGGCGCGGCGGGCACGGGGGCCCGCGACGUGGGCGACGGCAGCAGCACGUCCAGCGCGGGCAGCGGGGGCAGCCCGGACCACCACCACCACGCCCCGCCCCCGCUGCUGCCCCCCGGGCCGCACAAGGCCCCCGACUGCAAGGCAGUGGCCACGCGCAGGUCCCUGGACGACCUCUCCGCGCCGCCGCACCACCGAAGCAUCCCCAACGGCUUGCACGAUCCCUCGUCCACCUACAUCAGGCAGCUGGAGACCAAGGUGAGGCUGCUGGAGGGCGACAAGGCCCUCGCGCAGCAGGCAGGCUCUGGAGAGUUCCGGACCCUGCGCAAGGGCUUCUCCCCAUACCACUCGGAGUCCCAGCUGGCGAGCCUGCCGCCCUCCUACAAGGACUCCCUGCAGAACGGCCCAGCCUGCCCGGUCCCCGAGCUGUCCUCACCCCCCUCCACCGGCUACAGCGCUGCAGGACAGAAGCCAGAGGCUGUCGUGCAUGCAAUGAAGGUCCUGGAGGUGCACGAGAACCUGGACCGGCGGCUCCAGGACAGCUGCGAGGAUGACCUGAGCGAGAAGGAGAAGGCCAUCGUCCGCGAGAUGUGCAACGUGGUCUGGAGGAAGCUGGGGGACGCGGCCAGCUCCAAGCCCUCCAUCCGGCAACACCUGUCUGGGAACCAGUUCAAGGGACCUUUGUAGGGCUGCUCCCCCGUGGAUGUGGACUGGCCCCGCAGAGUCGCAGGCCACUGUCUUCUUUUCCUGCGGUGACUUGUACAUAGGACGCUGUGCGCCGUGACCCAGCUGCUGCGGGCCCUGCACCCUGAUGGCCCGGCCCCCGUCUCCCUCCUCGCACACCAGCAAACCAGGAAGAUGAGAGGCUGCUGGCCAUUCCGUGCGGCAGAACGGCCCAGACAGCCUCGUCCCUGCUCCGGGGCUCCACUGCUGAGGGGCUGAAGGACUGUCCCCCCCCUCCACGCCCCCGCUGUGGCCAGCCUUGGCGGAGGGGUGCCUUGUCAAGCCUUCCACCCGCGCUGGACGGAGGCUACUGGUGGCUGGACCUAACGCAGGGGGCGCCACGUCCCACCCGUCUGCUGUGGCCUGAACGGCAGCUCGCAGAGCACCGAGUCCUGAGUCCCGGACAAGGAAGCUCCGUGUCUGUGGCUGGAGGGACCCGAGACCCUUGCUCAGGCACUCCCCACAUGCAGCCCCCGAUGCAAGCUGCUGUCAGGGUUCAGGCCCCCAGCCCCAGACACACAGUGUCCCCCAACCCUGCGCCAGGUUGUGUCCUAUCUUUUUGGGUCCCUCCUGCCCAGUGCCUGAGGCAUCUCCGUUCCUGUGGUUCACAUGAUGGGCCUGGGAGGUGGGAGGCUGUGUGGAGUCCCCGGAGGAGCCCCCCUCUCUCUCUCCAGAUGGGCAGUGCUGGGCCAAGCUGGGCCUCUGGUGUCCCCCAGAGCCUGGCCCCCAGCCAGGGUCAUGGUCGACAGAGCUGUGUGGGCUGCCGAGGGGAGAGUCCCGCCCUCUUUAGAAGGAAGGAGCCUGACCCGGCUCUGGCUUUAAUUUGCUGUGUGACCUUCAGCAAGUCACUCGGCUUCUCUGGGCCCCUGGUGGGAAAACGAGGUCUCAGGUUCUUCCGGCCGUGCUCACCACCCGAGGUCACCAGCUUUAUUCAGCCUGUGCCCUCAGUCACGGCCUGCGAGCCCAUGGGCUCCGCCUGCCGCAGGGCCACUGCUGGCUGGGCUGGACAGAGCCGGGGGCCCAGCCGAGUUCCGCCUUGCUGCGUCCUCACGGGUGCUGUCCCCUCCCCUCUCUGAGCCUCAGUGUCCUCUGCUGGAGAAGGGACAGCAUCAGGCCCCUCCGUGCAGGGCUCCAGAUCAAACGAGAGCUUCAGUGUAAAUGACCAUGUACAAACUGUAGAGUGCGACAUAGAAACGUGGAAGUCGGUGAGAAAGGUGAGGCCCAGAGGGUGAGUGAUCUGUGGCACGUUCCAGACGAGACCUGAUGCUGGGAGGUGGGGCAGGCCACUGUGGAUGCCAUCGGCCUGGGCCCCGGUGCCCCCGGGCACCCAGCUGUGCGCCCCUCACCCUGCCUUUACUCUGCGGUGCUGCUCAGUGACACGUGCUGCCCACUCGGAGCCCAGGGGGCAUCUCUGCGGCAGGCGGGCCUCGUCCGGGCCCACCUGAGGGGUGGGGACCAGGCCAAGGGAUGGUGGAGGCCGCCCUGGUCCUCCCCGCAGCAGGGACUCUGUGCGGUUCCCGCUGCCUGCUGGCCAUCGGCGCCCUUGGGUCGUACACUCUCAGGGGAAAGGCUCGCGGCCCUCACUGCGCCCAGGGAGUGCUCAGCGGGUGCUGGGGAUGGCGGCACGCGUGCUCCUCUUGCCCUGGGUGUUACAGGGGGCUGGCCUGUCCCCGGAGGCCAUGCGCUUGGGGCUGAGGGGGUAUGUCCUCGGUCAUGGUACGGGGCAGUUCCUGCCCCUGUGGGCCAUGAGCUGGGGGCAGAGGGCUGGGUCCAUUUUGGGGGGAAGCUACAGCCGGGAGCCCAUUUUCUGUGUUUGGAUCAGGUUGGCUUGGCCACCACUGAAAAUAAGCAAUAAGUAAGGGCUCCCGGAGCUGCAUGCGCAGACCGGCCCAGGGAAGAGGCACCUCCGCCCGGGGUGCUGCCGGGGUGGGCAGAGUGUUUCCAUUGGGGGGGGGGGGCUCCUAUGUGCCACGCAGGCAGGGGAAGCUGGGUGACGGCAUCUUCCCACCGCUGCUCACGAGCCUGGGCCGGCGGUGAGCGGGGAUGGCUCUCCCGGUCCCCAAAUGUGAUGAGCUAACAGCCAGCAGCAGCUGCGCCUGAGCCCCCACCCCAGGCGGCGGGCGGGGGCAGCGCGCACCCACGGGCUGGGGAGGGUCAGCACGGGUCCCAGCCCUGCCACCAACCCCGGGGCGUGUCGGGGCACGAGGGGGGCCCCUCCUGCCCUCUGGAGCCUUAGCUGCAGGAGCUGGUGGUAGGGUCAGGGGUGCUGCCGAGCUUGAGUGGCCUUUCAUAAAGGUCCCUUUACGUUUCAAAUACUCUGCGUCUACAUCUUGAAGCCCAGUGUGACAUCUGUCCUUCCUGUGGCUUCGGUUCCCACUGUGAUGGAGGUCAUCCUUCCAGCCUCGCCCCAGGUGGCCUCACCCCUCCUGGGGUCAGAAUCUGCUGAGCACACUUUUUAGGGUGGCACAUUUUUAUCCACAAGUUAUUAGCUACACAUCAGUGUUGAAAGAGAAAAAAGUGACCUUUCAUUUUCUUUUUCUUGAAAACUUGAGAGGAAACAAAAUACAUACUACUGAUUUUUUUUUUUUUUUAAAGAAACAAGCUAAAUGCAUGACUGCAGAGCGGUAGAGGUGUAUAUUUUUCAUACCGUUGGGGGAAGGAUUUGUGCUGCUUUCUGGAAUCGGGCUGGAACGUCUGGUUCCUGCCCCUGGGCCGUCAGCCAUGCUCUGUUUUCUGCAGUAUGUGACCGCCGUGGGAAACUGGGCCAGCCCCCGGCCUGGCUCCGGGCAGAGCUGGGAGCUAGAGACCCCUGCGCCCGUUUCUACCUUCCACUGAACCACUUUGAUUUGGGGAGAGAAAAAGAAAUAGAACUUUUGAUAGUGUGGUAAAAACAUUGAUUUGAACUAUUUUAGUAAAAGGAGUAACAGAAGAUUGUGAUAGUGUCUACUUUGCGCUAGAUAAAUAAAGGCUCUUUGCAAGCCUC